GUCUACGAGCGGACGAUGCGAGGAAGGUGAGGCUCGGGAACGCGCAGCUGGUGAGCAGCCUGAGGAUCCUGAAGCCCAUAGGUGCGAGGGGGGGCUCGGUUUCGAUCGAACAUCCUGCCGAUCCCGGGUGCCCGCCCUUCCCGUCGAUCUUCAUAACGAAGGAGUUGAUGGAUUGGGAGGUCGAGGUGGGCGCCUACCGCGUCACGUUUCCGCAGUGCAUGCGGGGCUGCGCUGCUCUCAAGAAGACGACCCUCACGGGCGCCGCCAGCCAGAUGGAGAGAUUCGUGCGCCCGUGCGAGCAUUCGCAGCACAGUUCGAGUCUCUGUGGCAAGGACGCGCGGGGGCGCUUUCGGACGAGGGCCACGCCGGCGUACUCGUCCGAGCUCUGCGAGAUGCUAGCGAGGUGUCACGUGGACGCCAUGCUGGCCAUGCAGGAGCGACGGGAGGCCGAUCUCACCGAGAGGGCCACGGAGCAGCUGAUCGCGGAGACCUUGCAGCGCAGGCGCCGGGAUGCGUCUACACUGGAGGUCCUGCCCGCGGCGUUCCUCGAGACGGCUCUGGGAUGCUACGUGCCGAACGCGCGCCGCUUCCUGAAGUUUGCUCAGGAGCUGAACUUGCCCAUGAUGAGCCGAGAGGAGAUCGACGGUUCGGUCCUGUGCUAUUUGGACCGUCUAGUCGAGGACGAGGAGGCGGGCCCGCACCGUGGGGACUUCAUGGUGCACGGGCGGGCCUACGUGUGGCCAGAGUUGUCGACGGGCCUGCCAAGAUCCAACCGUGCCCUCCGAGCUUGGCAUCGUCUGCACGUGGCGGGUGAGGGGGGACCUCAGCCGCUGGAGUUGUGGGCAGUGCUGGACGAAGCUAUGAGACUGGCCGGCAACAUCGAGGCAGCCGACGCUGCGAUGCUCGCCCUCGACGCCUAUCUCAGGUCGGCGGAGCUGUUCGGCCUGCGCGCGGCAGACAUCGUGAUCGACGUGGACGCGGAGGGCAAGCAGGUGGUGGCGAUCAACCUCGGAGUCGCGGAGUGCAGAGAGAGGACCAAGACGGGCAUCAGGCAGGGCGUGCUCAUCGACCGCCAGCACGUGGCCGAGAUGCUCGUCCGGAGGAAGAUGGAGAGGGCGUUGUCCGACCGGGUCUUUAACUGCUCGGUGGACGCGUACCGCCGCGCCUUGCGGCGCGCCUGUAACGACAUCGGCGUGGCCAGCUUUCCUCGGCAUGCAGCUCGACACUCUGGACCAAACCACGUUGCGUCGACUGGCUACCGGAGUGCGUGGGCGAUCCAGAGGCGUGGGCGCUGGGCUUCCGAGAAGAGUGUGCUGCGCUACAUGAAGACCCACGCCCUGGUAGCGUCCCGCGCCGCUCUGCCGCCUGAAGUGCUGGAGCGAGGCGCGGAGCUGCUCAAGAAGAAG